AUGUCCGAAGCUUUAUCGAAGCUGAAAUAUUCACGGUUUCGUCACGUGUAUUCCAAAAGUGUACGACGUAGUGAAUGGUACGAUACGGGACCAGGACACGGACUAGCGGUAGCCGCGAACCCGAAAAUGAUUGCACUAGCUAUCGAUGUUCCUGCUGGUGGUGUUGUUCAAGUUGCCAAAUUAUGUCGUAUGGGUCGGGGACGAAUGGAAUUAGGCAAAAUUAAGGAUCAUGAAGGUGCCGUGUGUGAUGUAAAAUGGAACCCUUUUAAUGAUAACGUUUUAGCUACCGGAUCUCAUGAUGCUACAGUUCGAAUAUGGCAUAUUGAUGAUAUGCUUAGAAUUCGAUGUUUACGAAUAUCCAGAGCCCAUUCUCGGCGUAUUCAUGCAAUUGAAUGGCACACAACAGUUGAUAAUGCUGUUUUUUCGGCUUCAUUAGAUGGCCGAAUAGUGUUAUGGAAUAUCGAAACAGAUGAAAUUGUAUAUAGAAUAGAAGAUUGCAAUGCCGUUUCACUGAGCUUAAGUUACGAUUGUUCUGAAUUUGCGGUGACAACAAAAUUGCGUGAGUUAUCAAUUUAUGAUGCACGUACGGGUGAAAAACAGCGUAGCACGCAGCUUAUUCAUGAUGGCGCUAUGCUUUCACGAGUUUUAUUCUUCGGAAUACCGGAAGCGAACAACAGCGAACGUCUUAUAACAACUGGUAGUUCACGGUGUACCCGACGACAAAUAGCUAUCUAUAGCUCUCAGCCUUUAGAUGCACCGUUAGCUGUUGUUGAUAUCGAUGGUGGAUCUGGUGUUCUCAUGCCUAUGAUUGAUAAUGAUCUCAAUUUGUUGUAUAUUGCUGGAAAGGGUGAUGCCAAUAUUCGAUUUUAUGAACUUUUAAAAGAAGCACCGUUUAUAUCCUAUCUGAAUGAAUCUUCUGGCUCUAAAGCGCAUACAGCAGUAUGUCUGCUUCCUAAACGUGGUCUCAACGUACUGCAAUGCGAAAUAAUGAGGAUAUUUCGAGUAGAUGCUGAACAGCUGGUUAUUGAACCACUAUCAUUCUUCGUUCCGAGAAGAGCUGACGGAUUUCAAGCCGAUCUGUAUCCUGCAACACGCUCGCCAACUCCAUCACUGUUAUUUCGUGAAUGGUUAGCCGGUUUAAAUCGUGAACCGAUCAUGCUCGAACUGAAAGAUUGUUUACUGAACUGUACAAAUAAACCAGUAACAUUCGCCAAAGAGAGUAAUCGAACAAAACUAAUGAUUGCUGAUGUCAAUAAUGAUCGUAAAUUUCGAUUUUUAUCUCAGGUAACGAAACCUGACUAUCGUGAAAUAACGGAUCGUGAAGAUCGUGAAGAGCUGUUGAAGAUUGAAAGAAUUAAGGCAAAAUUGGCUGCUGAAUCCGCAGCUGAGAUUAGUAAGGAACAACAUGCGAAUGAAAAAGUGACUGAGGCAAAUGGCAUAUAUAUUGGAAAGAAAAAUAAUGAGAAUGGAAAUACGCCUGUUUCAUUUUCAUCUUCAGUCAGCGAGAAGAAUACUCCAAUUGCUACUGCUACCGCUGCUGCUGUUGCUGCUACCGAUGUUAUUGCACUAAAUCAUAAAAAUUCGUUAUCCAAUCCACGAAUUGCUAGCAUUGUCGAUCGAAAAUCAGGUAAAGAUAUUCCAUCGAAGGCAGGUUCAGCACCAAGUGUUUCUGUAGAAAGCCGUUUCGCUAGUCGAUAUGAUGGAUUGCUAAUGAAACGAACACAGCAACAUAAACCCAUGAUGGUUCAAAAAUUAAGUAAUGGGAGUGAUAAAUUGGAGGAACAAGAGCAGAGUGAAGAUAAUGACAGCAGUCGUAGUUGUUUCUCGGAAGAAGCAAUGGUGAGUGUUUUAAAAGAAAUGGAACGUGAAUUAUGGAAAUGUCGAAAUAGAUGCGAACAGUUGGAAAAAAUUGUUCGUCUACAACAGCAAGACAUAGAAAGUUUACGUUAUGAAAUUCAUUGGAAAGAUAGUCGAAUCGAUUUCCUGCAAACGCAAUUACAGCAGAUGGAUGUAAACCGCGUUAUUUCUCGGUCUUCCUAA